AUGUCUUUCUCUAAGCUCACCACUUUCGCCGGCCUGGUCGCCACAGUUGCUGCCCAUGGUUAUGUUACUGGUAUUGUAGCUGGUGGAACUUAUACCAAAGGAUGGCUCGUCAACUAUGCAUACCAAAACCCAAUGCCAGAGUCAAUUGGUUGGUCUGACCAAAAUCUCGACCUUGGAUUCACUGCACCAUCCGCCUAUGCCACUGGGGAUAUCAUCUGUGCUAAAAAUGGUACCAAUGCUGCUCUUUCAGCUAAGGUUGCUGCCGGUGACACCGUUGAUUUUCAAUGGACUGUUUGGCCCGAUUCUCAUAAAGGCCCAGUCAUCACCUACUUGGCAAACUGCAACGGAGACUGCAGUACCGUCGAUAAAACCAAGCUUGAAUUCUUCAAGAUAGACGAAGGAGGAUUGAUCGAUGACACCACUGUCCCUGGAACCUGGGCUUCUGACAACUUGAUCACCAAUAACAAUACAUGGACAUCCACCAUUCCAGCCGAUCUAGCUCCUGGGAACUACGUCGCUCGUCAUGAAAUUAUCGCUCUUCACGGUGCGGGAAGUAAUGAUGGUGCUCAAAAUUACCCUCAGUGUAUCAACUUGGAAGUCACUGGUAGCGGUACUCUUGCUCCAUCUGGUACUCUCGGUGAAAAGCUUUACACUCCUACCGAUCCAGGUAUCUUGGUCAAUAUCUAUGCUAAAUUGACCUACACUAUUCCUGGUCCACCUAUGUACAACGCAACUGGAGCAGCAACUGGAGCAGCAACUGGAGCCACUACCCCAGCCACCGGUAAAACCGCCUCAGCAACCUCCGCCGCCGCCGCUCUUUCCACCCCAGCUGUUGUUUCUACCCCUCCAACUCCAACCACAAUGAUUACAUCCGUCGCUCCUGCCGCUACCCCUGCUACCUCUGCUGCCGCUUCAUCUGGUGCUAGUGGUGAUGAUGACGACACCUGUGAAGCAUGA